AGCCCCGGCCGGCGGCCCACCUCGUUCACCUCUCGCCGGGCUGGGCCUGCAGCCACCCAUGGCGGCGGCCGCCCCCGCCAUGGGCUCGGCGGAACCGCUCGAAGUGGAAACCCCCAGAGGCGCCGCGGAACCCGGUCGGAAGCGGUCCACGAUUACGCAGUUGAUAACGUCGAGCCAUUCCCCCGGCGAAGACGACGACGACCUCGUCCAGGAGGGGAAGCGCACCUCGCAGGGGUUGGAGCGCAGACUGUCGGCAACCGAGAUGCUGGCCGAGGUUGGUCGAAAGACCCUGCUGUCCCCAGAGAUCGUGCAGGAGCUGGAGUCGAGCCAGCCCGAGACGCUGAGCUGGCUCCAGAGCGCCAGCGGCCUGCUCCUGCAGGUCUCCUUGCUCGCGAUCUACGUGUUGAUAGACACUGCCAAGGGCCUCUCCAGCAAGUGGGCCAUGGAGACCGGCAAGGUGCAGGCGAGCGCUCUGGUGCUUCUGAACCAGUUCGCCUCCAUAUUGAUCGGCUUCGGCAUGUGCGCGAAGUUCGAGGGGCUCGCGAAGGCCAAGGCCGCGGUGGUGGACAUCGAGGCAAUCAAGAGGUUCGGCUUCGUCUCGAUGCUGUUCACUGUUAGUACGAUUCUGAACAUCUUGGCCUACGGCACGGCCCUGGACGCAGGCACUGUCAAGAUCCUCGGUCAGUUCCGGCUGGUCUUGUCCGCAUUGUUGUCCCGGUUCGUCCUCGGCAGAAGUUAUACAUUCAACCACUGGAUGAUGCUCCUCAUCAUCACGAUCACCGCGUUGGCCUUCUAUAUGGGAACCGAGCAGCGCGAUGAGGUGACGAAGGCCAAUUUGAAGGCGAUGACGCCCGAGGAGUGCUUCAUGGACUACGACCCUCGGAUCGCAAAGUCUUCGGGGGCAUCCGCCUCGGCCCUUUCCGUGCUGCGUUCCGCCGGAGGGGAUCCGAGAGUGGCGGCGCCAACUCACGCGCACACUGAGCGGCGAGGCCAGGCCAUUGCGAGCUCAGCUCAGCUCAUCUGAUUUGAAGAAUGUUUCAAGAAUGCUCUGAGGAAUCGCGCAACGCGCUUGCAGGGAAUUCAGCGCGACAGCGUCGGCGACGCGGC